AUGUCUAAUCAUAGAAUCCUAAGGUUCGACAUUACGAAGAUAAAGCCAGAUGAUGAAGAGGUGGCCAUCCGGUCCAUACGUAAAACUAAGAGUGGGGCUGUACUUUUAGAACUAGGAAAAGGUGGUAAAAAAAACGACUUUUAUGCCGAAUUAAAAGGAACAAUGGGAGAGGUAGCAAAGGUAACUGAAUUGAAACCCCGUGCAAAAAUAGAAAUCCGCGACUUGGAUAGCCUUACAACAGAUGAUGAGGUAAGAGCGGCAGUAAGAAUUGCACUCCAAGAACCCACGGAGCAAAUGGAUGUAAAAAUUUCUGGUGCAAAUACCAGAGAACAACGGAGAGCCUAUGUAUGCAUAUCAAGCCAAGCAGCUAAAACACUUCAAAAGACGGAACGUAUUCGUAUGGGCUUAGUAAGAUGCAGAAUAAAACUCUUGCAAGAUGUAGAACGCUGUUACAGAUGCUUUGAAACAGGACAUCUUCAAUACAAUUGCAAAGGACCUGACAGAAAAGGUCAAGGCCUAUGCAUUCGAUGCGGAGAAAGUGGACACAAGCUGAAAGAGUGCACAAGGCCGCCAAAAUGCUGCAUUUGCGCAAGUAAAGGAUGCAUCAAGGUGGACCACAUACCGGGUUCCCAUAAAUGUGAAGCCAGCAAAAGAAUAUGA